AGUUGGGGUCAAGCGGGUUUGAAAAACCGGAAGUACACUUUGCUCCCGUAAGGUUUACAUUAAAGAGAAAACAAGAUGCGCGUGUUCGUGACAGCGCUAUUUGGGCUUGCGAUUGCUUUACUUGGUUACCAUGGACAGGACUGGUUGGGUGGAGCAACAGCAAAGAGAGUCUACCCUAAGAUACCCCGGCUAGUUACAGGACAUGUGACUCAAGUUGAACAGAACUUUGCCAAAAUAAGUAGAAAGGGUCUCAACAAAUUAAUCACAGAAUGUCUAAACCAGCACUACCAAUAUCUUGCAAUGGCUAACUAUUUUGGGCGUGCAGAUGUGGCCCUUCCGGGUUUUCAGAAAUACUUCGAGGACAGUUCGCAACGAGAGCACAAUCGAACAAAAGUAAUGAUGGAAUACAUGAAUAAGAGAGGAGGCACCCUUAAACUGCUGAGGAUAAGGGCGCCAGUGAUGAUCAACUUCAGCGAUGGAAAGGCUGCGCUCAAUCUGGCACUUAAACUUUCCCGCCAGCUGAACGUCAAGAUCCUUCUGCAGCACAGCAUAGCCAUCAAAUAUAAGGAUCCAAAUAUGAAGCUGUUCUUGGAUGAAAAUCUUGUAGACAGCCAGGUACGAAUCAUCAAACAUCUUGGUGACCUUAUAACUCAUCUGGAUCUGAUGAAGAAAUCGCACAGUGCUGGGCUGGCUCUCUACAUGUUUGAUCUGGAGCUCCAGAAAUAGUGCUCUGAAUACUUCAA